AAGUGAGUCGCUGCCUUGAUGCUUGUGAAAGCAAGUCGUCAGAAUGUAUCGCCGUGCUGAUGCUUGUCGUUUUGUCUUGGCGGGAUCGCUCCUUGCGGGAUCGCUCCUUGAUCAGGUGCAGGACCUGGCCGGAGGAGCAUGGGCCGGUGGCCCCCGGUUGAUUUCUGGCGGGCUUCUGCCCCCCGCUUCUUCACCCCGGCACUUGCCCGUGCGUUUAGCUCGUGCGUCUCGUCCCGGCCCUUUCUGCCUUUGUCGUCUUGGCCUGUGCUUGAUCGCCGUCUGGUCAUCCCAUCCCAUCCCAUCCAUUCAUCCAGCCACCCGCCUCUCGUCUUCUCGCCAAGCCGAUCCGCCGUCUCUGCCAUGGUCGAUACUCAGCGAUUCGACUGGGACUCGCUCCACUCCCUCUACCCGCUGAUCAGGGAUAACCUCUACCUCGCCAAACACUCCAUCUGGCUGCCCAUCUUGCACGGGCUGUGGUAUGCCUUUGCCUUCUACAAGCACACCCGCACCAACCCUGCUGCUCGGCAGCCAGUCCUGCGAGGAUACGUGGGGUAUUUGUGUCAGGCCUUUGGAGGCGGAACGCUUGCAGCCAUUCUUCUGGGCCGACCCGUGCCGACGAUCCUGAAUCAGACCCUCAUUCCGCUCUACACGCUCGGCUAUCUUCUUGUCUUCCAUGUGCCCUUCACUUUCAAGAUCCUGCGCUCGCUCUCGCCCGUCACAGAGCUGUUCUUUGACGUCGUGGAUGCGAUCGGGCGAACCUUUUCGCUCACGCACAUGAUCGACUCGCUCCUCGAUGCACCGAGCUCGCCAGUGUCGGGCUCGAUCCUGUCGGUCUUCAUUCUCAGCGUCCUGCAGGCCACUGGCGGCGGCAUUCUCUACCGCUGGACCAACGUCUCGCCAUUCGCUUACCCUGGCUACGACUUCAACAUCUGCUGCCUGUCGUCGCUUCUGUACCUGGUCCUCCGCGGCGGGAUCGACGUGACCUCAAUCGUGGCUCUCUUUGGCUCGGCCGGCAUCAAGGACGUUCCUGUUGCAGCGACCCUGGGGGCCGGCUUCAGCUGGGCCGAAAUCACGUCCAUCGCCAGCGACACCCUCAAGAGCAUCGGCUUCCCCGUCGCCGACUUUUCCGACUCCGAUGCCAAGGUGGUGGUGGUCCUGUUCAUGAUGCUUGGCUUCUUUUUCCGAUCGAAGCGGCACGCAGUGACGGGCAAGCGGGUGGCAACCGCCUCGGCGUCGUCGUCAGCCCGGGUCCACAGCCAGUCAGUGUCCGCAUCGGCUUCUGCGACGACCGCCGCUUCCUCCUCCAAGCCCGGCAGCCGCUCGGUUCCCGAUGCUGGAAUGCAGUCCCUUGGAGACGACUCCUCUUCCACCGAGCCGGCCACAACCCGAAACCGCCAUGGCCAAGCACCGAAAGCCAAAUCUAACGAAGCUCAGCAGCGCUUGGAUAGCAAGAAAAAGUAGAGCCGCAACCCCAGAUCGUGGGUCAGCCAAGGCGGUGAUAGGUAGUAGUAGUAGCAGUAGUAGUGAGAAAGAUUGGAAGUCAAUGACUUGUCAACUGCAAGCCAUCAGGAGCCUUCACAAGCCAUCGCAUGUACAUUCUUGGCUACAUGCAUCGCAUGCAUUCACGGAAUCCAUAAAAGAAAUGCCCAAUACACUUCACUUUCCGAUCC